AUGGCAGGAACAAUCCUCUCAGAUAGUGAUGACGAACCUCGACCAGUGCGUCCAGCGCGCAAAAUCAAGCCCUCUGCUGCGCUCCUCGAGCAUUCUGAGAAGGCGGCUCUCCCAUCUCAAACCAAAGCCAUCAAUGCAUUUCGUGCGGCAGAGGCCGCAAAGCAUGGUUCCAACAAUCCCCAGCCCACUAACUCACCCAGUCCACCUGCUCCUGAACCCACUGUCCCUGCGCCUACUAACAAACGAUCAUGCACCGAAGAUGCUGAAGAAGGCUAUGAACCGAGUGACGAGGAACGCGAAAAUGCGCGGACAAACCCCAAAUCCAAACGAGCCCGCCAGCAUCAGCAAGCUACUGUCGAAGACCACGAAGAUGUGGACGAGGAUGGAAUUCUCAUAGAUAUUGCCGUACAGCUUUCUUUCUUGAAGGCCUGCAAAGCAGUGCGCACCAGAGCCCGCCGUGCCUACGAGAAGAGUCUAAAGCUUGACAAAAAGCGUCUGGCGGCAAAAGCGCGUGCAAAGGCGGAGAAAUUAGCCUAUGUCACUGCGGCAUCACAUCCAAUGCCAAACGCCACUCAAACACUCACAAGCCGUACUGCCAUUGGCAAUAGCAGCCAGGCCUCAGCCUAUUUGGGCGAAGGUUCUUCGAGGGACCCCCAGGCUUUAAUUCAUCCGGCUCCUGAGGUAGAUUUGGGUGAAGGCUCUUCGAAGAGCCCCUUAACUCAUUCUGCCCUUGAGGCCCUACCAAGAUUGACACCUCCACCACCUCCUGCCUCAUCAUCUUCACUCGAACAUCAUAUGGACACCAGCACCUGUGUUCAGGAAGACAUAUGUGACUUCGACAUGUACUAUGCCUCGCACUCACCCCCUCCACAAAGCCCCUCCGAGUCAGUGGCUCAAAGUCCCCUGAUCCCUCCGUCGCAAGUCAAACGGAUACGAAAACCGGCUAGAGUCAGAGCCGCUGGAUUUGACGACCCACUUCCUGAGGGUCCUGGCCCACUCGAGGCUGACGGUUCGGGCUGUGUUGAGCCCGAGGUCGUAGCUCCUCCCGAACCCAUCGAAAACGUUGACCCUCAGACUCCUGCGUUUUGUCUCCGGCGUUUUCUCAUCCGAAUUCUGGAAAUCGUGCGCACAUUACCCAAUGCCUUCGGCCUGACACGUCUGUAUCGCGGUCGCCCCACUCGCAUCCCUGACCUCGAUAGUGAUCUGAACGACCUCACCGCCACAAAUUUACAAACUCUACCCGCUAUCACUGAUAAAUCCAUAUCCGACAUCAUCUCACCAUAUCCCAACGAGAACGCAUUCAAUUUCGGCCGUUGGUAUUGGAACACGACUCGUCAAUCCAAAUCUACUAGACAAGAAUUACUGGACAAUGUCAUCUUGCGUCCAGGUUUCGAUCCCGAAGAUCUUCGCGGCGUCAACUUUGACAAAAUCGACAAGCAACUCGCCCAGGAUUUGAGUUCUCCUUUGGAAGGCAACGGUUGGCGAAAUGAUCCAAUCACUGUCAAUAUACCGACAUCUCAGAAGGCCACGAAAGCGUCCAAGAAGAAGGACCGGAAUACUGAGCGAGCAGCGCGUGUUCACGACGAGGUUGAUGAAGAGGCGGGUACUGUGGGGACACGUAAGUUUUGCAUUGGCGAUUUCCAUCACCGGAGCUUAGUGCAUAUCUUGCGUACCGCUAUUGAGAGCAACACUCCGCACGCUCAACAAUACCACUGGCACCCAUACGAGCAAUUUCACCAGUCCCCUGAUCCCAAUACACCUCCGGUUCGCGUGUUUGAUGAAGUUUACACGGGUGAUGCGUUCUUAAAAGCAGAUCGUGAUUUGCAAAACUCUCCAGGGGAACCCGACUGUGAUUUACCACGCGUCAUUGCGGGGAUCAUGGUGUGGUCUGACGCGACUCAUGUUGCACAGUUUGGGCAGGCACGGCUUUGGCCCAUCUAUAUCUACUUGGCCAAUCUAUCCAAAUAUUCCCGUUGCAAACCAACUUCAACUGCUUCUCAUCAAGCUGCGUAUUUACCGAAGCUUCCUGAUACUGUGCAGGAUUUUCUACGGUCAUUUGACCAUGGCGCAUUAGACCCACUGUUAGCACAUUUGCGUCGCGAGGUUUUCCAUGAAGCCUGGCGACUUCUUCUCGAUGACGAGUUUGUGCAGGCGUACGAGCAUGGCAUUGUUCUUGAUUGUGCAGACGGCGUUCGUCGACGUGUCUACCCUCGCAUAUUCACUUACUCUGCUGAUUACCCUGAGAAAGUUUUGAUCGCAACAAUUCGUGACAUGGGGGGCUGUCCAUGUCCACGCUGUACGAUACCCAAGGACAUGAUACCUGGACUUGGCACUCGAGAAGAUUCUUAUAUUCGAACCCACCAAACUCGCCUCGAUAACGACGAACGGAGGGACAAUAUCAAGCAGGCUUGUGGGUUCAUCUACGACAAACAUUAUGUUGUCACCAGCAAACCGGUGGAGGAAAUAUUAAAACCGGAGUCGCAGGUUCCGACAGAGAAUGCCUUCUCAUCUCGCUUGUCCCAUUUUGGCUUCGACUUUUUUAUGAUGCUCGUGGUUGAUUUAAUGCACGAAUUCGAGCUAGGCGUUUGGAAGGCCUUACUCACCCAUCUGAUCCGCAUUCUACACACGCAAGGUCCUACAAUUGUCGCUGAAUUCAACGCUCGGUUUCGGCUCAUACAACCAUUUGGCCAGUCGACCAUCAGAAGGUUCCCUCACAAUGUUUCCGAGUUGAAAAAGUUGGCUGCGCAUAAUUUUGAGGACAUCCUGCAGUGCUCAAUCCCAUGUUUCGAAGGUUUGAUACCCUCUCCGCACAAUGAGUCAAUCAUGGACCUUCUAUUCCUGACCUGCUACUGGCACUCGUUGGCGAAGUUGCGCAUGCAUACAGAAACAUCACUCGAGGUCCUCGACACUGUCACGACUGCUUUCGGGCAAAAGAUCCGGCACUUCGCUGAGGAAACGUGCCGUCAAUUUAAUACCGUUGAAACUGAUUCAGAAUACAUGGCACGAAAGCGGGCUGAAGGAAGACGAGAAGCUCGUGGCGACAACCUUAGAAAGAAGGAUGCUAACCUUGCCAUGUCUGGCAAACGUACCCGGGGGUUUAACCUUAUGACGUCGAAACUUCAUGCUCUUGGUGAUUAUGUGGCUCAAAUUCGAAUGUUUGGCACCACUGAUUCAUUUACUUCACAAAUUGGGGAGCUCCAGCAUCGAGUUCUCAAGGCUUGGAAUGAUCGGACAAGCAAGAAUAACCCAGUGCCGCAGAUCAUUGCAAUGGAUGUUCGAGAGAAUGCGCAUAGCCGGAUGUCAGAAGACCUGAAACGCUUAGCCGCAAUACAAGCUGACGCUGGUUCAAUGGCUGACUCCGAAUCAUUACCAUUCGCUGCUCCGGCCGCUGCCUGA